CUUCGCAACAGCUGUUUUCAGUAAACAAAUCCCGGCGAAAGAAGUUUCAUUAUUUCCCUCAAAGAAAUGUUAAAGAUAAACCAGCGUCUCCUGCUGCGGCAGUUCCUACGCCACGCCCACAACCAGGUGCGCGUCCGCUUUGCCCCCAGUCCCACAGGAUACUUGCAUUUGGGUGGAUUGCGCACUGCUUUGUACAACUUCUUGUAUGCCCGCCAUUUGGGUGGAAAAUUCCUGCUCCGGAUCGAGGAUACGGAUCAAACGCGACUUGUGCCGGGGGCCAGUGAACGCCUGGUAGAGGAUCUGCGCUGGGCGGGCAUUGAGAUCGACGAGGGACCGGGUUUUGGAGGGGAGUACGGUCCCUAUGUCCAGAGCCAAAGAAGAGAGAUUUACAGCAAAGCCAUUGAAGAGCUGCUUCAGAAUGGCAGCGCCUAUCGGUGUUUCUGUACGGAGCGUCGCCUGGAUUUGUUGCGUAAGGAGGCGCUGAGAGCCCGACAAGUUCCUCGCUAUGAUAACAAGUGUCGGCAUCUUACGGCAGCGGAAGUAGAUGCACUGAUGUCCAAGGGAACACCUAACUGCAUCCGGUUCAAGCUAACCGAUCACGAAGAGCCACUGGAUGAUCUUAUUUAUGGGCAUGUCCAUCACAAUGUCAGCGACAACGAAGGUGAUCCGGUGGUCAUGAAGAGCGAUCAAUUCCCCACAUAUCACUUUGCCAACGUGGUGGAUGAUCACCUGAUGGGCAUCACCCAUGUCCUACGCGGAGUCGAGUGGCAGAUAUCCACCACCAAGCAUUUGCUGCUCUACAAAGCCUUUGGCUGGCAGCCACCUAAGUUUGGUCACCUUCCACUCUUGGUCAAUGCCGAUGGCACCAAGCUGAGUAAGCGUCAAGGGGACAUUGGCAUUCAGCAUUUCCGACAGCGAGGAUACUUUCCCUUGGCCCUGAUCAAUUAUGUGGUGUCUGCGGGCGGUGGAUUCGAGCACAGAGCCAAUGCCAAGCAGCAAUUGCUUAGCAUGCAGGAGCUUGGCGAGCAGUUUCAUAUAGAGCGGGUUAAUUCACAUCCCAGUCGGUUGAAUCCCGAGCUUCUGGAUGAUCUAAAUCGCCUGGAGAUAGAACACCGCUUGAGUGGAAAAGAAAGCCGAGGGGAGUUGGUUCAGCAAGUUCAGGAACUGGUUAAGGAAGCCUAUCCCAAACACUCCAACUUAGAUCUGGCGGAGGAUCACAUACUGGAUGUUCUUAAUUGGUCUUCCCAACGCUUGACACUUCUCCAAGACCUCACCAGCAGUAAAUUAAGUUUCCUUUGGGUGAAACCCUCAGAUUUUCAACUUAAGGAUCUAACGCCACAGCAAUUAAUUAAUCUGCUUAAAGAACUCGACUCCCAUCAAGACUUUACCAAGGAUGAACUUAAUGUAAAGCUUAAAAACUUUGCUCAAACAGAGCAACUAAAGUUUCCCCUCAUGAUGAAGGCCUUAAGGGCGGCUUUAAGUGGCUUAAAAGAAGGUCCCGGCGUGGCAGAAAUGAUGGAAAUCCUAGGGAAAACAGUAACCCUGGAAAGACUCAAAGAGGGCAUGCCCCAGGAAAGUGUCAAUGUUAUACAAAAACUGUAAUUUUGGUUAAGUUUUGUUAUAUAUUGUUGUAUAUCGAUUACAUAUAUAUUUUAUAUUGAUAACUGUUGCAAAUUUGAGAAUAAGAUCAAUGAGUAGAGACACCACACUAAGAA